AUGGAUGAAUUUUAUACAAAAUGUUUAGAGAUAGGUAAGGCUAAUAAGAUAAAAGAAUCAUAAACAUAACUAAGCUAAUUUUUACGCAAAAAUAGCUACUUUCGUCCAUAUGAAAAAACAAAUACUAACUUAGAUCUUUACACUAGAAACUAUAGCUAAUUCCUAAGAUAUGAAACUUUCUAAAUUGGAAAAAUUAUUUAUACUAUAAGUCCUCCAAAGCAGUUUUAUAUAAUUUAGGGAAGAGCUCUUGUUGUAACUCCUAAGAGGGAAAGCAGUCAGCUUUUAUUUAACAACUACAUAGAAAGGGUUGUAAAAAAAAUUAAAAAAGGUAACUUUCGUUUAGAUGAAGAAGAUGAAGAUUGUCCAUCAAAAGAUUAUUACAAAAAUCAACUUAUACUAAAACCCGGAGAUGGCUUUGGCGAAUUAUAGUAUACAAGAUCAGUAAUAAUCGCUAUAGAUGAACUGAAUGUCUUUACAUGUUUGAGUAACCAUUAUCAAAAAUGCUUCGAAUUAAUUUUAACUAGAAAUACUUUUAUUACUGAAUGUCUAAAUAAAAUUUUACCUCUGGUUGAAAAAAAUGAAAUAGCUAAUGAUAUAGCACCUUAAUUUGUUGAGCAUUCUAUUUGUUCGUUUGAGGAUAUUUUCAAGAGGAAUGAAAAGAUAUCAUACUUUUAUUUAUUAAGAUAAGGAUUUUGUGAAGUGUAUAUAGAUCAAGCAGAUACCUAAGAAAGUGAUUAUUAAAAGAGCCCCUCGAUAUCUAUAAAAUAAGGUGAUUUAUUUGGACAUGAAGAUUGUACUGGAUCCUCAAAUUUAAGAGUAUUUUCUUGCCGUUCAAUAUCACCUAAUACAGUUAUAUAUGCUAUUGAUAAAGAAGCAUUAAUGAACAAUAAAAACUAAAAAAUAAGAAGCCUCAUUUUAAACAAUGCUUUCUCGAAAUAUCACUACUAUAUGCAAAAUUUUAAGUCUAAAGGGUUGUAAAUUAGAUAAGAGAAGAAUAUCAUGGUGCGUACUUCAUAAACUAAUUUGUCAAAUUUAUCACAAUAGUUUCUUCCAGCUGCUUAAAAUUAACCUACUCAAAGUACUCCAAUUAUAUCCUUAAGUAGCACAUAAAAGUAAGAAAAAAUAUUUUAGUCUCCUUAGAACUAAAAAGUGAUUAAUAGUGCACGUUUAACAAUGACCAGUGAAAAAUUUUCAAGUGAAACGAAAAACUCUCUAAAUUAAUCAUAAUCUAAUUUCAAAAUAAAUACUUUCAAAAGUGGAUUUUAAAGUAACUUGGACAAUAAAUCUUUAAUUUAGAAUUAAUAAAAAAAAGGCUAAUCUUAAAUCGAAUUGCGGUAAAUACCUAAACAACAACACUAGCUUAUAUCUCCUAAAGUUAACUAAGAUAUGAAAGUCAAUAUUAUAACAAAUAAUAGCUAAUAAAUAUAACAUGAUAAAAAAGCAGAACCAGAAAUAGUUGAGGAUGAUAAAAUAGCUGAGAAAUCAGAAAAAAAGAGUUAUCCAGAAAAUUAAAAAAAUAAUAUUAACUUGUAGGCUAAUAUAGAUUACAUAAAAAGUCUAAGAGUUUCUAAUGAAGCACAUAAAUUUAAAAAUAGUUCAAUAUUAUCAUUUUUUAGUCCAUAAUAACCUAAUUCAAACACCAGCUUAACACAUCUGGAUGAAACUAUGGAAGAAACAGAAAAAUCUAAAAUAGCAUCAAACUAGUAAAAUGUUCAAAAAUUUUAACAAUCUAAUCCCUCCAAUUUCGAUAACAGAUAAUCUUCUAUUACAGGAGAAGACAGUGCUAUUAACAGCAAGGUAACCAGAAAUUUUAAAUUAUUAAAUGAAAUAGAAGAUUUAGACAGCUCAACUUCAAUAGCUAAUGAUCUUGACACUGAGGAUGAAAUAUUUAAAAGAAAUUUGUAUGGAAUGUCAAGCAGCUUGACCAAUAAAAAAUUUCAAGGAUUAAAGAAAAAUUAUUAAAAUUCAUCAGGAAACGACCAUAGUAAAAAAGACAUAUACCAAAAAGUAAAAAAAAAAAUUUAAAUGUUCUGUGUUGACAAGAAAGUUAGAUUUAAAGGAUUAGAAGAAAUAAAUAUUUAAAAUUUUAAUAAUUAUGAUGAUAUACUCAACAGUAAUAAUAAAUUUAGUUCAAUGCAAGCUCUUCCUGAGCUCUAAAGCCCUAUUAAAAGUAUUUUAAGAAAAAAAUAAGAAACUAUUAGCUAGUCAGUACAGUCAACCCCUCAACUUGGAUAAUCCAAGUUUACUAGCAAAGCCUUAAAAUAGCUUGAGGGAAUUACUUAACAAAGAAUAUUGCCAAUUAAAAAAAAAUCUUUAACCUAAAAGAAUUUAAUACUUUAACAAAUAAAUUCAAAAAGUUGA